CACUGACUUAAAGCUCUUCUCCAUUUCCAUCGUUUUUCCGAUCAAACAAGUAAGUUCUCGUGAUUUUUUUCAUAAAAAUCCACUUUUGUCUUCUGGGUUUUUCUCACAAUCCAAAAAGUUUUUGUCUUUGCACUUUUUUUCUCUCCCAUUUGCUCCUCCUCUGUUUUCUGCGACGAAAAAUCGAAGAAAAACUCCCAAAUGGAGCGACUGCCGACUGCGGCGAUGCUCCCGGAUUCAUUUCUCGGCGCCAGAGACGACAUUUCCAUGCAAAUGGGGUUGAUUUGGGACCAGAUCAAGGCCCCAUUGAUCGUUCCUAUGCUGCGACUCGCCGUCGUUCUGUGUCUGAUCAUGUCGGUGAUGCUCUUCGUCGAGCGGCUGUACAUGGCGGUCGUCAUCGUUCUGAUCAAGUUCUUCGGGCGGAAGCCGGAGAAGCGGUACAAAUGGGAGCCCAUGAAAGAUGACGUGGAGCUCGGGAACUCGGCUUAUCCUAUGGUUCUGGUCCAAAUCCCAAUGUACAAUGAGCGAGAGGUUUAUCAGAUUUCAAUUGGAGCUGCAUGCGGGCUUUCAUGGCCGUCCGAUAGGAUCAUCGUCCAAGUACUUGAUGAUUCAACUGACACAACCAUCAAGGAGAUGGUGGAGCUGGAGUGCCAAAGAUGGGCAAGCAAGGGGAUAAACAUAAAGUACGAAAUAAGAGACAACAGAAAUGGCUACAAAGCUGGGGCGCUCAAAGAAGGCAUGAAGCGCAGUUACGUCAAAAGCUGCGAUUUCGUCGCCAUUUUUGACGCCGAUUUCCAGCCGGAGCCCGACUUUCUCUGGCGGACCAUCCCCUUCCUCCUCCACAACCCUGAGCUCGCCCUCGUCCAGACUCGCUGGAAGUUCGUGAAUUCAAAUGAGUGCUUGAUGACAAGAAUGCAAGAGAUGUCUCUGGAUUAUCAUUUCACUGUCGAACAAGAAGUGGGCUCCUCCACUCACGCCUUCUUUGGAUUCAAUGGGACUGCUGGUGUAUGGAGAAUUACUGCAAUCAAUGAAGCCGGAGGAUGGAAGGACCGGACGACAGUGGAAGAUAUGGAUCUGGCCGUUCGAGCGAGUCUCAAAGGCUGGAAAUUCGUAUAUCUUGGUAGUAUACAGGUGAAGAAUGAAUUGCCAAGCACUUUCAAGGCCUACCGAUACCAACAGCACAGAUGGUCUUGCGGUCCAGCUAAUCUUUUCAGGAAAAUGGUCAUGGAAAUUGUAAGCAACAAGAAAGUAACGUUCUGGAAGAAGGUACAUGUGAUUUACAGCUUCUUCUUUGUCAGGAAGAUCAUAGCGCAUAUCAACGCGUUUGUAUUUUACUGCAUUGUCUUGCCCUCAACUGUCAUGGUUCCUGAGGUUGAGGUGCCAAAGUGGGGAGGGAUUUAUAUUCCUUCCAUUAUUACCAUUCUCAAUGCAGUUGGCACUCCAAGGUCAAUCCACUUGUUGGUGUUCUGGAUCCUAUUUGAGAACGUCAUGUCACUACACCGUACGAAGGCUACAAUCAUUGGUCUGCUAGAGGCUAGUCGAGUGAAUGAGUGGAUCGUGACUGAGAAACUUGGAGAUGCUCUCAGGACUUUGAAGGCAGCCACGAAAUUACCUAGAAAAUCUCGAUUCAGGAUCGGAGAAAGACUUCAUCUGUUAGAGCUAGCUGUUGGAUUGUACCUCUUCUUCUGUGGCUGUUACGAUUUUGUCUUUGGGAAGAACUACUUCUUCAUGUUCCUUUACAUCCAAGCAACUGCCUUCUUCAUCAUGGGUUUCGGGUAUGUUGGGACAUUCAUUCCCAACUCUUAAUCUGCAGAAACGCUAUGAAAUCAUUCUCUUCUUCGAAGAACACCAGCGCGAUUGUAAAGAGGGAGACCAACAACGAAAGGAAAAAUGACGGCCAAAUUUUUUACGUACAGCAUAAGAUAUCGAGACUACUCGAAAAAUUAGUUCUCUUGUGAAUUGUCAAGAAAAGUAAGGAAAUUAAGUUUUACAGAUUGUUGUUAUGGGAAUGCAACACAAAAGGGGAAAUGGCUUUUAGGUUGUAAUUGUGAGAUUUUUCUUUGAUACUUUUUGUUUUCCAUUUUUUGGUUUGAUUUUGCUCAAAUGAAUAAACUCCAUGGGAAUGGAAGAUGUCACAAUUGUUCUCUCUCUCUCUCAAAAUAUGUACAAGAAAAUUUGUUGCUUGGUA